AUGAGUAAUGUAUACCUGAGGUGCUUGAAUAGUGUAUAUAAGAGUAGAAGCUCGCUUUUGGGAGGAGUUCAGGUCAGGGGAGUUAAAUCCUUGAAGGACGUAGAAAUUAUUUCUAAAGUUACAGAUGAGUACCAAAAAAGGUUUGAAGACUCUGAUUCAAGUGCCAAAAGGGAAAAAGAUGAAAGAAGGAAACAAACAAUUAAAUACGUCUACUAUAAUCCAACAUUUCUGCAGAAAUUACUAAUAGCCAGAGCCAGAUUUUUUGCAACAGGAUGGAUUUACCUUCUCACUGCCAUCCUGACAUACUCCGGAGUCAAGUUCAUGUUCUGGUUUGACAAGUACUCACAUAAGAAUCGAUAUUACAUAUGA